UUAGAAAGGGAAAUUCGACAUCGGUAGUCGUGUGUUGAUGGGAAACCAUAACAUAUAUUUUCUAGCACCCCUCUCCCAGCAAACGACAUGUGUGCAACCAUUUUAUACCGAAGGCACGUGGUAUUUUUUUCUCGGUGAAAUUGAAUACUGUGGAUCUCAUUUCUUCUCAGCUAAAUUGAAAACGGAAAUCGCGCGCAGCUGGACAGGAUAUGAGUGUAAACAAAACAUGAAAAAGAUAGUAUAUGUUUGUUACUAAAAAAAAUAACCAAAUACAAAAUGGCGGGGUUUAAGGAAGCCCCGAUACUUGUGAAAGUUUUCUUGCUGUGUCUGACAGCUGGAUUCUGGAUACACCUGAUCGGGUUUGCGACAUCAUACUGGUCUCACAGUAAAUUUGUGACCGUCGGCCUGUGGACGGCUUGUUACCGUGGGUACGAUUGUACCAAGACCACAUACACAACAAGUUACUUUGAAGCGACCCAGGCGUUCGAGUCCCUAGCAUUAGUAGCAGGGUUUAUUGGUCUCCUCCUCCUGGUCUUUUAUAUCUUCGUCACACAAUCAUCGUACAACGUUUCACUAUAUAUCGCCAGUCUUGUCGCCGUGGCGUUUGCAGCUUGCUGUGCAAUACUGGGUGUGAUCAUUUACGGCUGUAAGACGUCACUUCCGCUAUCGUGGUCUUACGCGUUAGCUGUUGUCGGCGGGAUAUUAUAUGGAAUUUCAGCAAUUCUGAUGGCUGUGCAUCUUCUUCAAAAGUGCUGAUAAACAAAAUAGUGACAGGAAUUUAUCUUCAAAAUGAGUGCCUCUUAUAAAAUGUAAUUGACAUAAUGCGUUUGUUAUGCCCGGGUGGGGUGUCCUGCUGGGUGCCUUCGGCAGUAUGUUCUAGCGAGGUAGCACUAUAAAGUCGGCAU